AUGUUUGUCUUUUUAUCUGUUUUAGCUCUUUCAGCUGUAGAUAAAGACAGAUGUAGCCUCUGUCAGACAGGCUUAGGCAUUGUUCACGAUGCCAUCAAUGCUGGCUAUGAUGAUAAGCAAAUCGUUGAUGCCCUUAAGGCCAGCUGCCCAACAUUACCAUCUCAAUAUGUUCCAAUUUGCAAUGCUUUUCUUAAAAACAUCGAACACAUUCUUGCUGAAAUUCGUGCCGGAAAGGACGACAAAGCAAUCUGUGCUGAAUAUUCAUUAUGCGCCCAGAAGCCAAAGGUUGAGGCUGCCAACGGUCUCAUCUGCGACCUCUGCGUCGACCUUCUAAAGAAGGUUGAGGAGAUCAUGGUUAGCACAAAGAUUGAAGCCGAUGUUAUCGCUCUUGCAACCAAGUACUGCGAGAAGCUUUCUGCUCCAUAUUCCACCCUCUGCGACUCCCUCGUCAAGCAGUAUGUUCCAAUGAUCAUGCAGUACCUCGAGCAGGGUCUUGAGCACAUUGAGAUCUGCCAGAAGAUUUCUCUCUGCGAAGCCUCAAAGAAGUCUCGCGCUGCUGACCCAGUUCUCUGCGAUCUUUGCACAGAACUUGUCAAGAAGAUCGAAGACAUCAUUGACGAUACACAAGUUGAAGCCGAUGUUGAGAAGCUCGCCAAGGAAUACUGCGACAAGCUCCAGUCCAUCUAUGCCACACUCUGCGAAACACUCGUUUCCCAGUAUGUUCCACAGAUCAUGCAGUGGCUUGACCAAGGCAUCGAACAUCUUGAGAUCUGCCAGAAGCUCCACGUGUGCUCAUCCUCCUCCUACAAGGUCAAGGACACAAUUCUUUGCGACCUUUGCACAGACCUCAUCGCCAAGAUAGAAGAAAUUAUCAAGGAUACAAAGCUUGAGGAAGAUGUUGAGAAGCUCGCUAAGGAAUACUGCGACAAGCUCGGCACAAUGUACUCUGCCCUCUGCGAAGCCCUCGUUACACAGUACGUUCCACAGAUCAUUGAAUGGCUUGACCAGGGUCUCGAACACGCCGAAAUCUGCCAGAAGCUUCACAUGUGCGCUGCCACAAAGGUUGCCCGCCAGCCCGAAAACGGCCUAUUAUGCAACUACUGCGUCACAAUUGUCCAGUACAUCGAGAAGCUCAUGCUCGACACAAAGGUCGAAUCUGAAGUCGCCAAAUUAGUUGAGAAGUUCUGCGCCGCGUUUCCAGUCUUCUCUGGUGUCUGCGACAAGAUCGUUGAGAAGUACGUUCCAAUCAUCAUGCAGUGGCUCGAACAAGGCCUCGAACAUGAAGAAAUCUGCAAGAAGCUCGGUUUCUGCACAAACGCAAUCAGAGCAUCUUCCAACAGCUUCGUCUGCGACCUCUGCACAGAGCUCGUUGCUAAGGUUGAACAAAUCAUGGUCGACACAAAGCUCGAGAAGGAUGUCAUCGCUCUUGCCCAGGAGUACUGCGAGAAGCUCGCUGUUCCAAUGUCCACACUCUGCGACUCCCUUGUUGCCCAGUACGUCCCACAGAUCAUGCAGUGGCUCGAACAAGGCCUUGAGCACCUCGAAAUCUGCAAGAAGAUCUCCCUUUGCCCAAAGAACGCCCAACGCUCAAACAGCUUCGUCUGCGACCUCUGCACAGAACUCGUUGCCAAGGUUGAGGAAAUCAUGGUCGACACAAAGCUCGAGAAGGAUGUCAUCGCUCUUGCUCAGGAGUACUGCGAGAAGCUCGCUGUUCCAAUGUCCACACUCUGCGACUCCCUUGUUGCCCAGUACGUCCCACAGAUCAUGCAGUGGCUCGAACAAGGCCUUGAGCACCUCGAAAUCUGCAAGAAGAUCUCCCUUUGCCCAACAACAUUCGAAUUGAAUGUCGCCCGCAUCCCAAUCUCAUACGAGAACGGCGUUACAUGCGAUGUCUGCAAGGACUUCUUCAAGUGGGCUGAGGACGAACUCGAGAAGUACACAGUUCCAUACCUUUGGAAGCUCGUCAACGAGAAGUGCCCCAACGUCCCAUACCUCCGCCAGUUCUGCAAGAUCAUCAACGUCCAGAACAUUGAGACAUUUGUAAACCUCCUCAUCUCCCAGGCUCCACCAGCCAAGUGCUGCCAGUUCCUUAAGAUCUGCCAGUAA